UUUUGGCAGCUGAACAAGUUAUAAUGGUAAUGAACUGUUUAUUUGUUUAUAUCUGGUUACAGUCGUAGUGAGUUAUUUAUGCAGAUAUGAAUUAGGUCACACACACAGGUAGUUAUGCAUUAUUUACAAAGUCAGGGUAUUUUUCCUGAAUGGUUGGUAAUAUAACACUGGAUAAAAUGCUUUGACAUUUCUUUAACAUUUCUGAGUCAGUUGUCUCUGAAUUCAUUAAUCUGAUCACAUUCCACUACCCAAUAAACUCGCCCUUCGGGACAAAAGUUUACUUUUCCUCUUGGUUAUCUGGUUCCUAAGCGAGGACAAGAUGCAAUCCUCUGCCCUAGACCCUUCCUAGUGGCUAGACCGACCUACAUCCCCCAUCAAUAUAGCUUUCUACGCCACCUCCACUGGGUCACUCCACCCUAGCCAGUGCUUAGAGAUAGAUCUCCCUGUCUCCAUUACAAUUUGCCUCCAUCAGCCUGCUGAUGCUGCCGCUCCAGCAUCACCAGAAAGUCCUCAAAAAAUACUCGUUUCUUAUUCGUAAAUAGGUAACAGAACGAUGUAAGUGUUCUAUUGAAAGUGAUUGAUGCGGUGCUAUGUCGCGGAAAAAGUGGAUAUGUGUUUGUGGCGCUGUUACCUCAAAGGACACAAUGUUGGUUGUGUUGUGUAUAACGCCACUGGUGUUGUUCUUCCCGCUGCCCUCCUCGGCACGACCUCAAGUUGUUGCUGUAGGUGUGGUGGAGAACAAGCCAGUAGACUUCGACAUCCCGGACACCUGUCAAGACACCGACAACAUGUGCAGGCAGUUCGCAGCCCAGGGCGAGUGUGAGAACAACCCAGCUUACAUGCAGGUGUUUUGCCAACGCACCUGCCACACCUGUAAACCCACUUCCAAAGUGGAGAACUGCCAGGAUCACAGAGCGGAUUGUCCUGUCUUGGGUUCGCGAGGCGAUUGUGACGUCAACGCUGCCUUCAUGAACGUCAACUGCCCGAAUACCUGCAACACCUGUCCUCCUGUCAAGGUUGAGGAGUGCGUGGACCAACACAACCUGUGCUUCCUGGGCUCCCUUCUGGGACAGUGCCAGAUCAACCCAUCCUUCUACCUGAUCUUCUGCGCAGACUCCUGCAGGAAGUUCAUCCCUGUCUGUAGUCAAGCGAGAAGAAGCACAGUGAGGGACAUCUGCACUACACGGGCUCUGGGCCAAGAAAUAGAAUGUGGUAUAGAUCCUACCACCGCGGCUUUGACCAGGAACCGGCGCUGGGGCCAGAUGCCUGUAUCCAGGAGGAAAAGAGCAUACACAACGGAGAACAGGUCAAAUUCUAAGAAAAAUCGGAAUGGAAAUGACAGCCUUCUUCACAUCAGAAAAACCUCCGCGGGUGGUUCCAAUAUCAGCGAAAGCCAGAGGGUUUCCCCAUUCACCCCUGUAGUAGCAUCUGGACAGCAAGGCCAUCUUAGAAGUCAGUGGAAAUUUUUAGAGACCAGCUCAUGGGGUAUUGAUAGUGAUGAUGGUAAUUCGCGAGUGUCUGUCACCUUCGUAAACAAGGGACCAAUGGUUGCUGCUGAUGUUGCUCUGAAUGAUAUAUAUAUUGGAGAAUAUUUUGGCCACAUGGAGACACUGGUCACUCGUCUAUAUGGGAAGGAAAACACGUUUGAGGCGUCAACGGUAUUUGAGGAGGCUUCCAGAAGGCUUUCUUCAAAAAUCUGCCCCUCACGAGAAAAGCGACAAGAUACCGAAGUCUUCAAUACAGUAUCCCUGACAAUAACAGAAACCGAGACAACUUCGACAAUUACAGCGACCACAACAGCCACGACAACCACGCCGUUCACGAUUUCCACGGCACCUACACCAUCAUCCUGCUUUGGCAACUGUAACACCUGCGUGUUGACAUUCAGCAAUUUUCCAUACGUGACUAUCAAUCUCUGCCUCUUGGCCGCCAUUGCAGUGCCCAUUGCAGUGCCGGUUGCUAUUGGCAGUGCAGCUCUGAGUUUCCCAGCAUUGUACUUGUAUCAAGGCACCAACAAGCCGCCGCCACCAACACUCUUCACAGCCGCCAGUAUCACCAAUGUCUCUCUCACUACCACCGCCACCUCCACCUCCCCAGAUGGUGGAAAUCAGACUGUUGAUGCUGCUGUUGCUGAGAAGGGGAUUGUUCCUGGUGUUGCAACAGCUAGUGAGGCUGUAACUCUUUCUGGUGAUACAACUGUUCCUGAUAAUGGAACUGUUCCUGAUAAUGGAGCUUUUCCUGAUACUGAAACUGUUGCUGAUGCAGGAACUGUUCCUGAUAAUAGAACUGUUCCUGAUAACUGGAACGUUGCUGAUGCUGAAACUGUUUCUGAUAAUGGAACUGUUCCUGAUAAUGGAACUGUUCCUGAUACUGGAACUGUUAAUGAUGCUGGAACUGUUCCUGAUAAUGGAACUGUUCCUGAUAAUGGAACUGUUCCUAAUAAUGGAACUGUUCCUGAUACUGGAACUGUUAAUGAUGUUGGAACUGUUCCUGAUAAUAGAACUGUUCCUAAUAAUGGAACUGUUUCUGAUACUGGAACUGUUCCUGAUGCAGGAACUGUUCCUGAUACUGGAACUGUUCCUGAUACUGGAACUGUUCCUGAUGCUGGAACUGUUCCUGAUACUGGAACUGUUCCUGAUACUGGAACUGUUCCUGAUGCUGGAACUGUUCCUGAUAAUGGAACUGUUCCUGAUAAUGGAACUGUUCCUGAUACUGGAACUGUUCUGAUGCGGAAUGUUCUGGGAACUGUUCCUGAUACUGGAACUGUUCCUGAUAAUGGAACUGUUCCUGAUAAUGGAACUGUUCCUGAUACUGGAACUGUUUCUGAUACUGGAACUGUUCCUGAUAAUGGAACUGUUCCUGAUAAUGGACUGACUGUUCCUGAUAAUGGAACUGUUGCUCAUGCUGGAACUGUUUCUGAUAAUGGAACUGUUCCUGAUAAUGGAACUGUUCCUGAUAAUAGGACUGUUCCUGAUAAUGGAACUGUUCCUGAUAAUGGACGUGUGCCUGAUGCUGGAACUGUUCCUGAUACUGGAACUGUUCCUGAUAUGCUCCUGGUGCUGAAAUUAUUCCUGGCAGUGGAACUGUUCCUAAUGCUGGAACUGUUCCCGAUAAUAGUACUGUUCCAGUUAAUGGCACUGUUCCCGAUAAUGAGACUUUUCCUGAUAUUGGAAUUACUCCUUAUAAUGGAAACAGUUCUUGAUAAUGGCACUUUUUCUGAAACCGGAACUGUUCCUGAUGCUGGAACUGUUCCCGCAGUGACAAGUUCUCCCAGCGACUUGAGUGUUCCUGGCACUGCAGAAGCCACUGGUGCCGGGUUCGACAGCGGGGGUCCUACUCCGGUUACCGUGAAUACCCGGAGACGUCGCAGUACGUUCUCUUGUGGGGGCUCCCUCAUUUCCCCCUACCAUGUCCUCACUGCUGCCCACUGUCUGAUCACUCCCGGAGUCACUCAGACCGGCGAAGUCACAUUCUCCAAGCCCUCCGUGGUGCGUCUGGGAGAGGUGGACUUCGAGCAGGUGGGAGAGAGCCAGGCUUUUGACUACCAGGUUCUGGGAAUCCAAGUCCACCAGGGCUACGCUCUGCCUGCCAAAUACAACGACAUCGCUAUUAUAACUCUCAGAGAUAAGGUUGAGUUUACAUCAGCUCUGAGGCCUUAUUGUUUACCAAAACAAGUACGGGACCUGACAGGACGUGUUUGUACUGUCUCAGGUUGGGGCAGGAGACCUGGAGGCACGGUGUCGACGGUGCUUCACGACGUGGAGGUGGUGGUGGUGUCGCAGCAGGAGUGCAACGACGUCUACGUCAACGACCAAGACUUAAAGCCCAUUGUUGACAUCGAUUACCCUGUUGGCAUCGACAACCGGCUUCUCUGUGCUGGCAAGAUCAAUGAUGUGUGCAGGGGUGAUUCAGGGGGUCCGCUGGUGCUGAAUGAGGGCGGAGUGAAGCUGGAGGUCGGCAUCGUCAGUACCGGGUAUGGUUGUGGCUCUUCCAUGUACCCUGGUAUCUAUACACGCGUCGACCAAUACAUCAACUGGAUAGAUGACGAGCUUUAUGGAUCCUGUACCUAGGUGCCACUCGAAACACCGUCGAAGAAGUCUCUAAUAGACCUGUAUUAUCUGUGUUAUCGCUAGCUAUCUUACGCUACAGAGCCGUUUUCGACCUCUGUAAUAGAGGGUUUAAUGAAACUGUGACAGAAGAAAUAUUGAUGCCAAUUCCUAAAAGCACAUAUAAAUAUCUAUUUUUGGGGAAUCCUAAGGAUUUUCGCUCCAGUUAUACAUUUUUUUGUUUUACAAAAAAAUAUAGUCUUCUAAUGGACUUUACCAGACUCUCCAGUUAAGUUACCAAGAGUCGUUAUUGGGAACGAAGAUUCUUUAAAGAAUUAAGCCCUUUGAGUCACGAAAAUCGCAGUAACACGAUUGCAAGCAAACCAUGGGUUCAAGCCCCACCCGCUCUGUGGUUUAAUAAGCCCUUUCUGAAGAGCAGAUUUUUAGAUAGUUCUUGCCUCAUAUAAGUCUGUCGUCGUGAAAAAAAAAAAUCGCCAAAGAGCAUGCAUUUUUGGAUAAAGUUUCCCUCUGUGCAGAGAUUUAUCGAGUCAUUCCUUUAUCGUACUUUAUAAAGCUUUGCACAGAGAGCAACUUUGUCUCAACAAACGCUUGUUUUGCAUUGUCUCUUUCAAAGAAUAAAAAGGCACACUGCAGUGAGUGGAACAACACACAAAUAAACCGUACAUACAUAGAGAAUGAAACUUAUGACGACGUUUCGGUCCAAAACUUCGUCAUAAAUUUCAUUUCCUAAGUGCAGGUAUAUUUGUAUAUUGUCUCUCUUCAUUAUCACCAGCAGAACGACACGCAGAUCCACUCUGAGUCGAAUCGACAUUCAGAUCCAAAUCUGCCACAACGAACAUGUUGAGACUAUGUAUGGAGCGUAACACCACGGUCUUUAACACCACGUCACUUCUCUAAUAAUAUAAGGACAAGUGAAGGGAUAUUAAUAUAACAUCGUAUCUUAUUGUGAUAGUGACUCCAGGCCAAAGAAUGGGUCCUCUCACAGUUCCCUCUAAGGUCUCUGUGAGUGGAUAACGUUUACCCUUCCUGAGGGUUUAGUCUGUAAUACACUGCCAGUACCCUGUAAGACCAAUUAAUUUCGAAGUGCUCUUGGACCUCGCUUGGGUCUUGGACCUAUAAACUUAACGUAAUGGUAACGAGAACCCCCUUCCACCUCCUCCUCCUCCUCCUUCCUCUUCUUUUUUUUCUUCUUCUUCUUCUUCUUCUUCUUCUUCUUCUUCUUCUUCUUCUUCCUUUCAAGUUCAAAAACAUCGUAAACAGAACAGGGAAGAGAAGACGAUGUAGAAAAGACUGAGGUUACCAUAAUUAUCAAAUAAUUAUUCAAAUAAAUUACUCAUACCAGGUCCAUGCCAAGAGCAGAGACUUGACUUCUGCAAUCACAAAUAGGUCAGUACAUCAACUCGUUACUUACACCAGGUCCAGGGUGUUAGUAACCCAAGUUACUCACACCAGGUCCAGGGUGUUAGUAGCCCAAGUUACUCACACCAGGUCCAUAGUGUCAGUAACUCAAGUUACUUACACCAGGUCAAGGGUGUCAGUAACCCAAGUUACUCACACCAGGUGUCCAGGGUGUCAGUAACUCAAGUUACUCAUACCAGGUCCAAGGUGUCAGUAACCCAAGUUACUCACACCAGGUUCAGGGUGUCAAAAACCCAAGUUACUCACACCAGCUAAUCAUAUCAGGUUCAGGGUGUCACAUAUAUUAAGGAUGAUUAUAAGUUCAAUGCCCAGCAGACUCGGCCCAUGCAGCUGUGUGUUACAGCUGUCGCUGUUGCUAUAGAUUAUGCAGAGCUUAGGUUAACGCAUGAAUUAGAAGACACAAAUUUCUUUGCUGCAAAAACCACUCUCUUAAAACCCAGCCAGAAUGGUCAGGCCACCCUUUCUAACCUUUUCCUUCCUGUUGACUCACAACUUCUCUUUUUCACUGCUCUAUUUGACCAAAUUCCUUUACAACCCCCUCCCCCCGCCUGUUCUAUCCAUCCGUCGUAUGGCCUCAAAAAACGUACAUCGUUUGAAAAUUCUUAUUGGGAUCAAUUUCUAAACGCUGCAAAUAGGCAGAGGGCUGUAAACGGUACUCCACUUGACACAUGUUCACCGUGCCCCUGCCCUAGGACUGUCAACGGUACAUCACUUGUACAAACUCCGACACUCCUUCGGGAGCCACUGCAGGGUCACCACAUGGAGAAGACCCGGGCCAGGACCCGUCCUGGCAAACCUGCCUGAAUCUGAACCUGCUGCCAUAGACCUAUGUACUCGUGGGCACUAAACAUCUUGUGCCAUGCCACAGUACGACAUUUUGAAACAUAAAUAUUCCAAAGAAUGAGGUCUACAUAACUCAAAGAAUGGGCGUAUCUAGUCAACAUAGUGUAUGGUCAGCUCUGUUAACGCUCCUCUAUGGAGUGCAAUUUUUCGUAAAUGCGAUUGAAAAGGCUCAUCCAAAAAUUGAAUAUUGCACAGAAAUGCCUUCAUAGUACGUGAUAUUCAGUUUUCAAUUAUUUCAAUUGCAUUUACAAAAAACUGAAUUAUAUACAGGAACUGUAUAAGAGAGCUGACUUAAGUUCGUAUGUAUGUAUGUAUUUACUGUAUGUAUGUAAUGUAUGCAAAUAUGUAUUUACUGUAUGUUUAUAAUGUACGUAUGUAUUUAUGUAUGUAUGUAUGCAUGCAUGUAUAUGUUUUCAUGUUAUUUUGUUUAAAGGGAAAUAUACACAAUGUGUGAGAUAAUAUAACACUCAGAUCAUAUUAUCUUCGUUGGUUAAUCUUUCAAAUAUCUGCUGUUAGCAAUGUUCUGAACUAACUUCAUGCAAAGAGUUGUUAACUGCGCUCUAUAGCAGUAGACUGUUGUUGUGAUAGAUGAUUUAGAAGAAGUACAAUAGUUAUUGUGACUGUUACUGCAGUCACAGUAGCAACAAUUAUAGUUGUAGUGUUGUAGUAGUAGUAGUAGUAAUUGAUCUGGUUGAAGGCUAAUUAUUUUACACAAACCAUGCACAAUUAAGAUGACCUACAUUUGCAUACAUAACCACACC